AUGCGUCGGGAUCCUCAUUAUUUGCAGGCGGUGCCACCGCACUCGGAGGAAGCAUUCGCUGCUGACCACAGCUCGAUCACAACCUCAAACUGCAACUCCACCACAGCUGCAAGCUCAGCCGCCGUCCAACAGUCGUCUGACUCGUCUCUCCUCUGCGAUCCAGCUCACCGGGCGUACCUCACUCCUCACUCACCGAAACCUGUCCAGCCGACACAGCCAACCAAACCAGAUGCAGACAUUGAUCCUUUCGAACAUGAACUCAGAGGGUUUGAUGUACCUGCAGCGCAAGUUCAUGGGUACAAUCUCUCCCGUAAUCCUCAUCGUGCGUCAGUGGACGAUGAGAACCUUGACGAAGAUGAAGAGCACAGCGAAGAGUUGCAGCUUUUCCCAGGAACUGGGCAUUCGAACUUGUUUAUUUCAGAGGUAGCCAAGGCAAUGCAUGCUGCAGCUGACGCAAAUCUUCUUACGAACUUGAGCUUAUUGCAGUCGACCGACCCUUUCAUUGCAACCAACUACCUCAAAACGGGCAACCGCAUGCCCUUGAUGGUAGAUGAAGAUGAUCCCGAGGGGCGUAUUGGGAGCAAGAGAAAGGGUGCUCAGAGUGAUGCCCGGCUCAUUCAAGGAACCGCCAAGCGUGCAAGGGGACUAGGCGCCAGUGAAGCAGGCUUUGGUGCUCCAGUCCGUCGCGGUGCAACAUCUGGAUCACGGGCUAGCGGCAAAACCAAAGGUAGAAUGAAAGCGAUUGCGUAG